CCGCUGCCCGUCUCUCUGGCCUCCGUGCCGCCCGCACGCCUCGUGCCGCCUCGCUCAUGCAGCAGCGCUUCAACUCCAAGGUCUCCGGACCCGUCGUCGGCAUGGACCUCGGCACCACCAACUCGUGUGUCGCCAUCAUGGAGGGCAAGGUGCCGCGCGUUCUCGAGAACUCGGAGGGCGGCAGGACCACCCCGUCCGUCGUCGCCUUCACCAAGGACGGCGAGCGUCUCGUCGGUCUUCCCGCCAAGCGCCAGGCUGUCGUCAACUUCGAGAACACCUUCUUCGCGACCAAGCGCCUGAUCGGCCGCAAGUUCACCGACGCCGAGGUCCAGACCGACCUCGACAACGUCCCGUUCAAGAUCGUCAAGCACACCAACGGCGACGCCUGGCUCGAGGCGCGCGGCCAGAAGUACUCGCCCGCCCAGAUCGGCGCGUUCGUCGUCGGCAAGAUGAAGGAGACGGCCGAGUCGUUCCUCGGCAAGAACAUCAAGCACGCCGUCAUCACGGUCCCGGCCUACUUCAACGACUCGCAGCGCCAGGCCACCAAGGACGCCGGCACGAUCGCCGGUCUUGACGUCCUCCGCGUCAUCAACGAGCCGACCGCCGCCGCCCUCGCGUACGGCCUCGACCGCAACGACUCGCGCCAGGUCGCCGUCUACGACCUCGGCGGUGGCACGUUCGACGUGUCGAUCCUCGAGAUGCAGAACGGCGUCUUCGAGGUCAAGUCGACCAACGGCAACACGCACCUCGGCGGCGAGGACUUUGACAUCACGCUCGUCAACCACAUCGUCGCCGAGUUCAAGAAGGAGUCGUCGCUCGACCUGUCCAAGGACCGCAUGGCGAUCCAGCGCAUCCGCGAGGCGGCCGAGAAGGCCAAGAUCGAGCUCUCGUCGACGGCCCAGACCGACAUCAACCUGCCCUACAUCACGGCCGACGCCUCGGGCCCCAAGCACAUCAACAUGAAGUUCACGCGCUCUCAGCUCGAGCAGCUCGUCGGCGGCCUCAUCAACAAGACGGUCGAGCCCUGCAAGAAGGCCCUCGCCGACGCCGGCAUGAAGGCGUCCGAGGUCGAGGAGGUCAUCCUCGUCGGCGGCAUGUCGCGCAUGCCCAAGGUCAUCGAGACCGUCAAGGGCGUGUUCGGCCGUGACCCGUCCAAGGGCGUCAACCCGGACGAGGCCGUCGCCGUCGGCGCCGCGAUCCAGGGCGGUGUCCUCGCCGGCUCGGUCACCGACGUCCUCCUCCUCGACGUGACGCCGCUCUCGCUCGGUAUCGAGACCCUCGGCGGCGUCUUCACCCGCCUCAUCAACCGCAACACGACCAUCCCGACCAAGAAGUCGCAGACUUUCUCGACGGCUGCCGACGGUCAGACCGCGGUCGAGAUCAAGGUCUUCCAGGGCGAGCGCGAGCUCGUGCGCGACAACAAGAUGCUCGGCAACUUCCAGCUCGUCGGCAUCCCUCCCGCGCCCAAGGGCAUCCCCCAGGUCGAGGUCACGUUCGACAUCGACGCCGACGGCAUCGUCAACGUCUCGGCCAAGGAUAAGGCGACCAACAAGGACCAGUCGAUCACCAUCGCGGCGUCGUCGGGCCUGUCGGACAAGGAGAUUGAGAACAUGAUCGCGCAGGCCGAGGCGCACGCCGAGGCCGACAAGGCCCGCCGCGACCUCAUCGAGGCCGCCAACUCGGCGGACUCGGUCGCCGCCGAGACCGAGAAGGCGCUCAACGAGUUCAAGGAGCAGGUCGACGCCGAGGAGGCCAAGAAGGUGCAGGGCCUGAUCACCGAGCUGCGCGAGCUCAACGUCAAGGCGCAGGCCGAGGGCUCCGAGGUCAAGCCGGACGAGAUCAAGGCCAAGGUCAGCGAGACGCAGCAGGCGUCGCUCAAGCUCUUCCAGAAGGUGUACGAGUCCCGCAAUGCUCAGGGCCAGGCCGCCGAGGAGCCCAAGAAGGAGGAGGAGUCCAAGUAGACGCCCGUCUCCCCUGCGCGCUCGAACCUCGUCUCGCUCUCUCGCCCUCCCUCUCUCGACUCCCCCUCUGUGUCCUUACCCUCACCCUCGCCUACUCUCCACCCACUCGCAUCGUCUCGUCGCAUUGUCGUCGUCGUUCCCUUCCCCCAUCCACCUCGAAAAGCGCCUCGUCUGUGCAGCCCUUCUAGACGCUCCCCUCCCCACUCCUCCCUAGUUCCCCCUCCCUCUUCCACGGCUUUCGGUCUGUGGCGCCGUUGUGUGUAUUGAAAUAUCGAAGCGCUCUCUCCAGCACC